GACCUUGAAGAAGCCUUGGAAGCAGGAGGCUGUGAUCUUGAAACUUUAAGAAAUAUAAUUCAAGGGAGACCACUGCCUGCUGCUCUGAGGGCCAAAGUUUGGAAGAUUGCUCUCAAUGUUGCAGGAAAAGGUGAUAGUUUAGCAUCAUGGGAUGGUAUUUUAGACCUGCUAGAACAGAACUCUGUUCAUAAUGAUUGCCAAGAACUUAUUGACCAGCUUUCAGUGCCAGAGGAGACAUCAGCAGCAUUACUUUUGGAUAUUGAAUCUGUAAUUACCUUUUAUUGUAAAUCACGUAACAUUAAAUAUAACACGUCCCUUAGCUGGAUACAUCUACUCAAGCCAUUGGUGCAUCUUCAACUGCCACGCAGCGACUUAUACAACUGCUUUUAUGCAAUCAUGAAUAAGUACAUUCCCAGGGAUUGUUCCUUGAAGGGGAGACCAUUUCAUCUCUUCCGAUUACUCAUCCAAUACCAUGAGCCUGAGCUUUGUUCUUUUCUUGAUACAAAGAAAAUUACUCCAGACUCCUAUGCGCUCAACUGGCUUGGAAGCCUUUUUGGAUGUUACUGUUCCAUUGAAGUCACUCAGGCAAUAUGGGAUGGAUAUCUACAACAAGCAGAUCCAUUCUUUAUUUAUUUCUUAAUGUUAAUAAUCCUUGUUAAUGCAAAAGAAGUUAUUUUAGCACAAGAGUCAGACAGCAAAGAAGAAAUUAUCCAGUUCUUGGAAAACACUCCAUCCAGUUUGAAUCUAGAAGAUAUAGAAGACCUUUUCUCUCUGGCUCAGUAUUAUUGCAGUAAAACACCAGCUUCAUUUAGGAAGGAUAAUCACCAUCUAUUUGGCAGCACUUUGUUGGGAAUCAAGGAUGAUGAUGCAGAUCUGAGUCAGGCACUUUGUCUGGCAAUCUCAGUGUCAGAGAUCCUUCAAGCAAAUCAGCUACAAGAGGAGGGAGUCCGGUUCUUCGUGGUGGAUUGUCGUCCUGCGGAACAGUAUAAUGCUGGGCAUUUAUCAACUGCUUUCCACUUAGAUUCGGAUCUGAUGCUCCAGAAUCCAUCUGAAUUUGCACAGUCAGUAAAAUCCUUGCUCGAAGCACAGAAGCAGUCCAUCGAGUCUGGCUCCAUAGCUGGUGGCGAGCACCUCUGUUUCAUGGGCAGUGGCAGGGAAGAAGAAGACAUGUAUAUGAACAUGGUCUUGGCACACUUUUUACAGAAAAACAAAGAAUAUGUGAGCAUUGCCAGUGGAGGAUUUAUGGCACUGCAGCAGCACCUGGCAGACAUUAAUGUGGAUGGACCAGAAAAUGGAUAUGGCCAUUGGAUUGCAAGUACCUCAGGCUCAAGGAACAGUAUCAAUUCUGCUGAUGGUGAAUCUUCUAAUGGCUCAAAUGAUAGAGGAAUGAAAUCUCUGGUAAAUAAAAUGACUGUUGCUUUGAAGACAAAAUCCGUAAAUGUCAGGGAAAAAGUUAUCAGUUUUAUUGAGAAUACUUCAACUCCUGUGGACCGAAUGUCUUUCAAUCUUCCUUGGCCAGACAGAACAUGUACAGAGCGGCAUGUGAGCAGCAGUGACAGAGUGGGCAAACCUUACCGCGGUGUAAAGCCUGUUUUCAGCAUUGGGGAUGAAGAAGAAUAUGACACAGAUGAAAUUGACAGUUCUUCAAUGUCAGAUGAUGAUAGAAAAGAAGUUGUAAACAUUCAGACUUGGAUAAACAAGCCAGACAUCAAGCAUCAUUUUCCUUGUAAAGAAGUGAAAGAAAAUGGACACAUGUUUCCUAGUCAUCUCUUAGUUACUGCAACACACAUGUACUGUUUAAGGGAGAUUCUUUCACGGAAAGGAUUGGCUUAUAUACAGUCUCGACAAGCACUAAAUUCUGUAGUUAAAAUUACAUCCAAAAAGAAACAUCCUGAGCUAAUUACCUUCAAGUAUGGAAAUAGCAGUGCUUCAGGAAUAGAAAUCCUGGCAAUUGAAAGGUAUUUGAUUCCAAAUGCAGGGGAUGCUACCAAAGCCAUAAAACAACAGAUUAUGAAAGUUUUGGAUGCUUUGGAAAGUUAA